CGGUUUGUUUCUCACCAAACCUUAUCGUAUGCUUUCAUAACAAUCAUGAGUCUCAUGAAAUAAUUUAUUAGACUUCUGAAUUCUUAAAAAAACAAAAACAAUUCCUCAUAUUAUAAUCUUCCAAUAUCGGCCUGAUCAGUGCUGAUUAUUAAAAUUACAUCUAAUAUUGACUAAUAACAAAAUGUGCAUUCCAUGUCACUAAAUAUCAUGUAUCCAUAAUAUCAUAUUUUAUGCACAUUUUUUACGUCUCUCUGAAAUACUUGAUUCUGAUUGGUCAAUUGCGCCAUCCAGCAGUCUGAUAUUUCUGAUUAUAAAACAAAUUGUUUCUUUCUGGAUGCUGAUUUUGCAAUAGCUUUAUUCAAGAAAAUGAAUAUGACCUCGAUAACCUCUAUGACCUCUUUACCGAGCUAAUAUUUGUAUCACUGCGCAGCACCCAUAGCUGGCAGUUAUUCUUGUUGCAUAGCAAUGCUCUGUUUACUGUCUGGGACAACCUAAGCUGCAUCCGAAACCAUGUACUGUCACACUCACAGUAUGUACUGUAUUUGUUCAAGGACGCACUUAUCUGCCAUCAAAACAGUACGUUCUUUUAGGUAUGCAUGCAAGUAGUAUGAAUAGAUUUUGGACAUUCUUCAUCAUUGGCAUCAUCUCUUGACCCGAAUAUAUGACAUAAUAAAAACAACCGCUAAAACUAUCUGCUUUGGUUUUGUUAAACAAGCACCAUUUAAGCACAAGGAACAGUUAUCUUGGUAUAAUAGCACUUACAGUUGAGAAGAGCCGUCUGCCUCACGAUUCACCAGCGUUCAUUUAAAUCCAGUCUUUUGAACAUUAUGUCGCUUCAGCUCCCGAGGGACUAUGGGAACGUUAAGUAUCCAGUCAAUCUCGCCUGAAAUAUUAAGUCAUCGGGGUAUUUCUCGCGUACUGCUUCAUGAAUACUGAGGAUUCGGACAUACUACAUCGGCAUACUGUUUUUCGCAUACUAUAUAGUUGAGAAGUAUGGAUAUAUGGACGCAGCGCUAGACUCUUAGAAUGAAUGUUAAUACAACAACAUUUUUGCAAACUGAGUUUUAUGUGCUGCGUUCUACGCUUUGCCACACUUUCCUGGUGAAAUUAACACUAGAGGCACUACAACAACUGUGCGUUUUAUUCAUUUUCACACAAAUCACAAUCACAACGGCUGUUUAGGACUUCAUUAACACUUAUUUUUCACCCUAUUACUCACAUACUGCUAUAUCCACUUUACUAUAACGCAUCAUUUGAAAAACGAUACAUUUUAAUGCUUGUAUUACAGACCCACCUACAUUUACACACAUAUACCAAUGUAAUUAACUUCCACGAUAGCUCACCUGGUAGAGUGUUGGACUGUCAUAGAAAGCGACACGAAAUGACAUGGUUGCUUCAGAAAAAGUGCUUUUUUUUUGCUUUUUCCACACCAUCGGUUAGGUCUAGGUAUUGGUUUAGGAUAAGGAAGUCUGUUUUGUUUACAUCUCAUUUGCAUUUAGAAAACUAUUGGUUAGGUUUAGGUUAAAGUUUAAGGUUAGGGAGGUACGUUUUACUCAUUAAAACCUCCAUUUAAUAUUCACCUUAAAAACCUCGUCUGAUUACGACACCAUUUCACACGCAAUCAAUAUUUCAUGUCUAUUUAUUAAUUUUUUUGUCAAGUUGUUUUGUAACAAGGACAAGGAGCAGUCAAGCAGUCAUUUUUUCCAAAAUAAACACCAACAGGUUCUGACGCAAAUCUAAGGUGUAAUUCAGCUAUUCCUAGAUAUUGCGCUUUGCGUCACAAUCACCCUGCUGACUAUACAUUAUCCCUUAUAUAUCAUACAAACUAUGUACAUACACAUUUGGUGGCAAGGAGGAAGGCGUGGCCGGGCUGUGAUGGAGCACAGCUGGCGCUGAAUCAGCUGAUCAGCGGGAGAGCGAGAUAAGGGGCAGCUGGAGGCGCCGUUCGAGAGAGAAAGAUGCACACGGCAGGGCUGCACGUUUGUUUAUGUUGGUUUUAAGUUUACCAUUAAACUUUAUAUUUACUGUUCAGCCGGUUCCCGCCUCCUCCUUGCCCGUCCUUUAUGUGUUACAGUUGUGCCGAAACCUGGGAGGGAGGUGGGAUGCGCUGUUCUCACCGUUGCCAUCCGCCAGGGGAGUAGCCGCGGGGACGGAGGGGUCGCUGCCGGCCGCCGAGAGCCGGAGGAACCGCGGCCAUCUGCUGAGAAAUGGAGGAGUGGUUCCAUCCGCCAGGGGCCAGGGGACUCGCUGCCAUCUGCCGGGGGAGGAGCGAGCUGGUGUCCGCCAGAGGGCGGAGGAGCGGUUGAGGACCGGGCGACAGGAAUGGUAUCUCAAUGGCAAGUACUUGGUGGUGCUUGUCUCUCUCUCUAUAAUUCUGCCCCUGGCUUUGAUGAAACAACUUGGUUACCUUGGUUACACUAGUGGUUUUUCACUCAGCUGCAUGGUGUUCUUCCUUAGUGCAGUCAUCUAUAAGAAGUUCCAGAUUCCUUGCCCAUUUGAGGAGUUCUCACACAAUAGCACGCACGCACAUUCAAACGUUACAGUCAACCACGCACACAGUUACAAUAACGGACACGAGAUGGACGAAUCACACUGUGGCCCUCAAAUGUUCACUGUAAACUCACAGACUGCAUAUACCAUCCCUAUACUGGCUUUUGCUUUUGUGUGCCACCCUGAAGUUCUGCCCAUCUACACUGAACUUCGCAAUCCUACUCAGAGGAAGAUGCAGCAUAUUUCCAAUAUCUCCAUCCUGAUCAUGUUCACCAUGUACUUCCUUGCGGCCCUCUUUGGCUACCUCACAUUUUACACUAAUGUCGAACCAGAACUUCUGCACACAUACAGCAGGAUCGACCCUUACGACACUCUGAUCCUGUGCGUGCGAUUGGCUGUGCUCACUGCCGUCACGUUGACUGUGCCCAUCGUUCUGUUCCCAGUUCGGAGAGCCAUUCAGGAGAUGCUGUUUUCUAAAAAGGCAUUCAGCUGGAUCCGACACGUCACCAUAGCUCUCAUCCUCCUCACUUUCAUCAACAUCCUGGUCAUCUUCGCUCCAAACAUUCUGGGCAUCUUUGGCAUCAUCGGUGCAACAUCCGCUCCGUGCCUGAUCUUCAUCUUCCCGGCCGUCUUUUACAUCCGGAUUGUUCCGAUGGAUAAAGAGCCAAUGCGCUCUGCCCCCAAAAUCUUUGCUGCCUGUUUUGCUGGACUGGGUGUGUUGUUUAUGAUAAUGAGUUUGAGCUUCAUCAUCAUUGAUUGGACAACAGGCAGCAGCAGUGCUCUGGGCGGCCACUAGGGGACAAACUCUUCUGAAUGUGUGCUUGUGUAUGUGCCUUUGUAUGAGAGUUAGUUAGGGGUGUAACAUACUGGAAGAUGAUUUGACUUUUAUUUUUUUGUCCUUAUUUUUUAUUUUAUUUUUCUUGUCUAUAAUGUUUAUUGUGUUAUAGUGGAUGACCUAGGUGAGGGGGACCCAAAACAACAUUUUCCACAGAUUUUUCAGUGCCAUUGUGGAAAAUUGCCAUUAUUCAGAAAAGGCCUUUGAUCAAUUCAGCCUAAUGUUGUUAAUUUAUAAGUACCAAGUUCAAGUUAGUGGUGCAAUUUUACCACAAUUUAAAUGUGUUAAUCAUGUCAGGUUUGGUAUAUCUUUGUAUUUAUUAAAGGGUUAGUGCAUCUUCUCUUAUCCUGUAGAAAUUCACUAUUAUGGCUCAAGUUUGCUUUACUUCAUUUUUUUAAUUUACUCUCUCUUUCUGCUUCAUCAACCCAAAGCCCUAUACAUGACACGAUUAACCAAAAGUACUGUAGAAAGGCGCAAUAGUUAUGUACAUAUAUACAUGUAUACAUAUCAGAUUUUUAAAUCUGAGUAAUAUUUUGCCCAUAUUACACAGAACAGAGAAAUUGCAGAUGUUUUGAUUAUUUCUGAGAGAAGAAUGAAGUGAGUGUGGUUACUUUGGUAUAUUGGUAACUUGUUAGUAGUCUUGGGACAAUCAAGAAGUCAUGCUAUCAACUAUUUCCGGUAACUUGUGGUCUUUUUUGGUGAAGUGAGAGUGCAGUUUAUCAUACUGCACAAUUUCAGUGUGCCAAAGCAAAGGAUUUUUAUAAUCUAUCUGUCAUAAAGUAUAUUUUCACUUUUCCUAAAGUAUGCACAGUAGAAAUAGAAAAAAGCAAGGCAUGCCUUGAUCAGAUCGAGAUUUAAGCUGUGUUAAACAUAUUUAUUUAAAUGUAUCAAAUAUAUUCUGCAGUUCACUGGAUGAGCAUUUAUCUGUAUGCUACGGUAUUAACGUGUACUUCCAAUGAAAACGCUUUUGUUUGUGUUGCUUUAAAAAUCAUGGUGGCUAAAUGAGUGCUCAGCAUGCUUGAGGCCAUUUACGCAAACGCUAGAUAUACAGGACAUGAGCAAACAUUAAACAUAUAUUUGACCCGAAACAGACUUAAUCUCCCUGUAUUAGAAUUCCAACAAUCAUAUUAUGCAAAGUUGAAGUGAUUUCGUUUGGAAGCUGCUCACAUGAAAACUGUUGUAAAAGUUUAUUUCGCAUUUGUGUUGUUUAACAUUGUUUUACAGUAACGUUUCUUGCAAUCUGAGUAUUGUUGAAAUGGAGAAACUUUUAAACAACAUCAGGUUUUAUUUUUAGUUCGAAAACCAUUGAUGGCUUCUGGCUUAUGAGGUGUUUGAAAUAACUCUUAGUCAGUGGUUCAUGCAGUGUUUUCAAGAAAUAACGUGUGUUUAGAUCCUGUCACUAUAAUGUAAAAAUAUAUCUACAAGUUGAAUAUUAUGUGAAAGGUGUUAACUGGCUGGUCUGGUAGUGGCAGACAUUACAAACCAUAAACAAACAUAAUCCUGCAACAGACAUUAACACGCCUUUGUAAUGUCAACACCGUAUUUUUAUAACAUCAGAAUAUUAUUAAUUAGAUAUAGAAAAACAUCAAAUAAUUGUUAAUUUAAUUUGAAAUACAUUAAUUGCCAUGACAUUGGUGCAUACAGCAUGACUUCAAAAGAACAUUAUAGAAAGUUCUGUUUGCACUGUCAACAAAAAACAAGCUGAACUUUUACAGAUAAAACAUCAAAACAGAGUAAAUUAUGCUGGUGUCAGAAAAACAAUGUCAUGUUUCUAUUAGCUGCCACAUUGUUGCUCAUAAUUUAAGUGUUUAAAGAAGGUAAUGAUGUUUGUUAAACAACUUUUGCUUUGUUUUCAUAAUGUUGUUAACUGAUACAAAUUUGACUCUUUAAAGUAUUUUUCAAAGGAGAAAAUCCAACAGAAAAAGUGCCUCCUAUGAAACUCUUUUAGACAUUGAUCACUAAAGUGCUUAUGGUACAUACAAUGUGAGUUAUAUAUAUAUAUAUAUAUAUAUAUAUAUAUAUAUAUAUAUAUAUAUAUAUAUAUUUUUUUUUUUUUUUUUUUUUUGAGUAUUAUUUUGUCCAGUAUAACCUUGCUAGGUAUAUUACAUUUGCGCCAUCCAAAGUAGCUUUGGUUAAAAGAUAAAUUCACGAGUAUUGAAUGUUGAAAAUUCUGUAUUGUGAUUCAUAUGGCGUGUACUGCAAAAAUGAAAGCUAUUGAAAUUCUGUCAAGGUUAUUUAUUUCAAUGCUGCCCAUUUUAUAUAACUUUUCCACAAAGAAGUACUGACCAUUUAUUUUGUAUGGCACACAUAUUCUUGCAUUUUUCCUUUCAAUAAGAUUAUAAAAAAAAAAAAUAAAAAAAAUGUUACAGCCUUCAGUGCAAAAAUCAAUGUUAAUUUGAAACAUGGAAAGAGUUUUGCAUUUUAUUGUUUUGAAAAAAUUAUUCUCACCAACAAAUAACACCUAUUUAAUUGAUGCAGUUGAGUUAAUAUGUUGUUUAGUGCAUUCAUAUAUAAUGUAUAUAAAUGUUAACUGCUUUUUUUGAUGAAUAUUUAGUUUGUAUAGUGUAAAUAGAAGAACAUUUUGACAAUAAAAAUGCUGUUUUCAAACCACAAA